AUGAAUCCAGAAUUAUCAAGUUUAGAACCCAUCGAGGAAACUGACAGAUUAACCAAAGACGAUCUGUAUAGUCAAAAAAAUACAAAUUGUGAAUUUAAAAAACUUACAAAAAAUAUAGAAAAUGAAGAAAAUGAAGAAAAUGAAGAAAAUGAAGAAAAUGAAGAAAAAUUAUGUGAAGAGUUUGGAACUACAAUGGAUGACAUUGAUAUGGAUGAAACCAAAAUGUGCAAAACAAUUUUAAAUAAUAAAAAAAGUAAUAAUUCAGAAAUAAAUGAUAUGAAUGCUAAUAAUAUGAAUGCAAACAAUAGACUAGAAACUGUUAUAAAAAUCCAAGAAGUUGAAAAAAAAUAUGAUGAUAUAAUAAAUUUAUAUGACGAAAAUAGUUCACAUAAAAUAGAUAAUGAAGAAUUAUAUCAUAGUGAUGAUAAUUCUCUAAAAGAAACAAAAUUAAGUAACAACAUAAUUGCAAGCUUAGCAAACAAUUCUAUUGAAAAUAAACAAGAUUCGCCUAAAAUGGCAUGUGAAAAUAAUAUGAAUAUUGAAACAUGCGGUCAAAAUUGUAAAAACACAGAUCAGCCUGCAAUCGCAAGUGAAACAAAAUGUGAAUCCUCUUACGCUGAUAAUAAAAAUGUAGACAAAAUUAGUGACAAAAAUUGUGACAAAAAUUGUGAUAUAAAUUGUGACAAAAAUUGUGAUAAAAAUUGUGAUAUAAAUUGUGACAAAAAUUGUGAUAAAAAUUGUGAUAUAAAUUGUGACAAAAGUGUAGACAAAAGUGUAGACAGAAAUAACCAAAGCAUUACAAAGAAAUACAGCAACAAUAAUAAUUGCAUACAAAAUGGUGAGCAAAAAGAAUAUCGAAAAAAUGUAAAUUAUAAAAUGACAAACUGGGAAAAAGAAAAUGAAAAAAUUAAAGAGUUAUAUAAAAAUGAUAAAAAUACUAAUAUAAUUAUUUAUAAACGUAUGUACCAAUCAUAUAUUUUUUUAAAAAAAGAAUACAAUGAAUUAAUAAAUGAAAAUAGGAAAAAAUUUGGAAUAAAUAAAAAACUAAAAUAUGAAUUAGAUAAUUUAAAAAAUUAUAAUUAUUAUUCUAAUUAUUUUUUAAAUCAUGAUUCAGAAAAUAUAUUAGAAGAUUUAGCCUCAGGAAUAAGUAACAUAUUUAAAUGGAUAGAUAUAGAAAAUAAAAUAGGACAAAAAAAUUAUGACAAUGCUAUUAAUGUUUUUAAAAAUGGUAAUUAUAAUAUUCAGAAUAAUUUACAAAAUUAUGAUGAUUCUGAAAAUAGCGAAAAAAAACAGAAAGAUAUAUCAAAUAAAUGCAAUUUAAACGAUAAACCAUAUAAAAAAUUGCCCAAUGAGGAAUAUAAUAAAAUAAAUGGAAUUGAAAAUUUUGAAAAUUUUGAAAAAUAUGAAAAUCAGGUUAUUUUUAAUAAUGAAAUAGUAAAAAAGGAAACUAAAGGAAAUAUUUUUAAAACUGAUCCAGUUGAGUUAAAGAAUAAAAAAGAUUUUUCUAUGGAUAUUGAAGAAAUAAAAAAAAAUGGAAUGUUAAAACUUGAUUUGAUUAAAAGUACUAUUAUUAAUAAUUUUAUUCCAAGCUAUAUUUAUAAUGAUUUGAAUAAUGAAUCGUCUACAAAUUUGAUUUCAAAAAAAAGCGAAACAGAAGUAGAAUCACCACAAAAUGAAAAAAUAAACAAUAUUAACGUUACUCUUACAGAUAAUGUAAACUAUUCAAAUACGGAAAAAAAAGACGAUAAUAACGAUAGCAAUAGCAAUAGCAAUAGUGUGAACCUAAUUAAUGGCGAGCAUUUGAAUCUACUAAACCCUGAAUAUAUUGUUGGAAACCUAUCCAAUAUUAUUAACAAUUUUAGAAACAAUAAAAAUAUAAAAGACACAAACAAUGUUGACGAAAUAAAUGAGAAAGAAUCCCCUUCGAAUGUUAUCAAUGAAAAUAAUAGUAAAAUAGAAAAGUGUGAAAAUAACAGUAAAAUAGAAAAGUGUGAAAAAAAUAGUUGCAACUUUGCAAACAUUGUAAACGAUAAUAAAAUUCGGAAAAAAUCAUUUUUAUGGGAAAAAGAAAAUAUAUUAAAAAAAAAAAAUAUAAAAUAUGCUAAGCAUAUUCCUUUAAAAAAUGAAAAAGAUGGACAAUAUUUUUUUAAAAACACAAAUAAAAUUGAUAAUUUUGUAGUAACUAAUAAUAUAAAUAAUGAAAAUAUAAUAGAUUAUCUUAAAGUUAAAUUAUAUAUGAAAAAUAAAAAUAAGAGAAUUGGAAAAGUAGGUACUAAAUUUGUUGGGAAUAUUCAUGGAGAAGACAAACAAAAUAUAGAAUAUGAAAAUAAAAAUAGCUUAAACAGUUUCAAAAAUUGUGAUAAAAAAAAACAAAACCCUAAUAAUACAAUAAAUGGGAAACCAAGUUAUUACAAGGGUAGAAUCCAGUUCGAUAGAAAAAACAUUAUACAUGAUAAAAACCUUAACAAAAUAAAUAUUCAAAAAGAUUCGAUUUUUCACAUAUCUAAUUUUAAGGAAAAUAAAUAUAUACCCAUAAAUUUAAAUGCUCUUUUUUUGGGUGAUGAUAAAAAAAAAAACAAUUUAGAUUCAGAACUUAGUAUAAAUAAUUUAAAAAAAAAUAUGCGUUUUAUUUUAAAAAAAAAAAAUAACAAAAAAAAAAAUAACUCUCAAAUAAGCAACAUUUCAAAUACAGAAUUAGAUAACCAUAUGAAUAAUUCAGAUUUUGAAAAAAAUGAAAUAUCUAAGACAAUAAUUAAAAAAUUGAAUAUUUCAGAAAAAGAAAUAAAAAAUGAAAAUAAAUUAUACUAUUUUAAAAAUAAUAAAGAAAAUGUAGAUAAGUCUAAACAUUUUUUUAAAAAAUAUAUCACAAAAAAUCAAAAACGAAAAUUUAUUUUUAAUAUAUUAAAUAAAAGAAUAUUAAAAAAUAAAUCUAAAAAUAAAAAAAUAGGUAUUUAUCAAAUUGAAGAAAAUAUAAAUUAUACCAAUUUUUGCCAAAUAUUUAAUUGUUUUAUAAAAUCGACCAAUAACUAUCCAAAUUCAAAACACACAUAUCAACUUGUUAAGAAAAAAAAAAAAGUUAUUACUAAUCAGGAUUGUGAUAUAAAUACAAAAAAACGGCUAACUUACUUUUGUCUAUUUAAAAGGCGUCUAAAAGGGGGAGUCAAAAAUGGGCAGGCUGAGAAUGGCCAAGUCAAAAAUGGGCAGGCUGAAAAUUGCCAAGUCAAAAAUGGCCAGGCUGAAAAUGGGCAGGGUGAAAAUUGUGAUGGGGUUGAAAAGCCCAAUUUAGAGAAAAAUAGUGACAAUGAAAAAAAUGUAAUAUUGAGCAAAUUCAAUGAAGAUCCUGUUUUCGAUAUAGAUGAUGAUAUGUUAGAAAAAUAUAUUUUUAAAGAAACAGAAGAAGUAAGAUCAGAUGUUCUAAUAGAAUUUAAAGAAGCUCUAACAAAACAUAUACAAUCUCUUAACAUAUUAGAUAAAAAAAUUAACAAAAUUGAAUGUAAAAGUGAUAACGAAGAUAUAAUAAUUAUUGGAGUUAAAAUAUAUUUAUAUGAUACAUAUACAUUAUUAUUUGUUUAUGCAUUAAAUAGUAUUGAAUAUAGUGUAAAAAAAUGGAUUCAAAAUAAUAUAGAUAAAUUAAAAUUAUAUAUAAAAAAAUAUAACUCAAAUGUUUUGAAUUUUUUUAAAACACACUCUAUAAAUAUGUUUUCUUUUUUUUGUAUCUUUUUAAAUAUUAUAGAAAAUUAUAUCCAUCAAUUUCCUUUUUACUUUUCCAUUUCGUUUGAUGACUUGACGUGGCAAAUUUAG